CCGUGUCUUGUGAUGCUAAAAGCCCUCAACUAGCUGUGAUAUAACUGCAGGAUUAUACACUCCAGGUAUAUAUAGACGGAGUGCGGAAUGAGACACAGCAAGAUAUCUGUGGCAAACAGAGAGGACCAUCCUUGCUUCAACAGCAAACCAACCUUUGAAAGUCAGUCGCUGUAUGGCGGGUAGACACGUGCACUGGGCAGUACCUCUCGAAAUUACUGCAGGAGGAGCAACUGAGGGAGGUGCCAAGGCAGGUCCCCCCAAAUUCAAGCAGAAGGAGGGCAGGCAGUUCAAGAGCAAGGUCCCCAAGCCGGGCCAGAAGGGGUUUGACAAUGAGGUCCCUGGAAUGGAAGGCCUUGAAGACUCGGCGAUUGUCUGCCCCUGGGAGGCGUUUGGGGACAUGGAGCUGAGUGAUCUGGCCCAGUUUGGAAUUGUGUAGAGAAAUCUGGCUGUCUCUCGACGGAUGUGAUUCGUUUGGUUAUCCUUGUGACAAACACAUGACACACCAGUCUGUGGAUUGUGCAACAUUCAACCUACAGAAAAGGAAAACCGUACGGGAAGCAACUCCCACAUGUCAGAAGCUUAAGACAUUUCAUCCAUGUCAUUAUCAGACCUUAUCACAGUAAAGCAGCCCCAACUUGUGUAAUAUUAUCGUACAUUGUACCAGUUUGUGGGUUACUGUUAUGUUGAUAUACCAAGCCUUGGAUAAUGCCCCACAUUUCAUAAACAAAGUGACUAUUGCUACAGGAUUCCGUGGAGAUAAGAUUGCCACUAUGGCUAUGGAUCCAUGUCAAUAGUUCAUUCAUGCCCAAGUUGAUACAGUGAGUAGCAUUGUUGCCUAGCAAUCAGUUGACCUAGGUUUGAUUCCUAGGCAAUGUAUGUUGCUUCAGACAAACACACGUGCUGAAUACUUUACUUUCACCUUUACCUUUAAAAAAUGUAUGUUGUGACAAAGUUUCUGACUAUACAUACAGCCUAACCUGAUUAAGUCACAUCAUGGAGGUGUGCCAACUCAGCCAAUUCACCACUGAAGAGCUUUAUUUUCUUACUAAAAACCAAGCAGAAUGUACUAAAUAAAAGUUACAUGUCAUUGCCAACACAGAUCAUAAAUACAAUGUUUCAAAUCAAAAUUAAGUUUGGUUUGGUAUCAAAAUAAACCACUAAACGUUUUUAAAGGGUAAAGGGUUACCAAAAACAUGGUGUGAGUAAGAGGUAUUCUGGAGGGAUGUCUUUUAACGUUUUGCAAAAGUAACAGCAAAAGUAACCGCAUAAGACAAGAUAAAACUUUGUAAAAUAAAGGUUUAAAGAUUUGAACGGGCCACGUUAUGGGCCUCCACUAUGCAUCAGGGUCCCGUUCGUCCUGUUGGGACUUAUUUUCCUAUACUGACCGGCGGACUAUACAUUAUCUCUUACUUAAAAGGGUUUACAACAAAGGAUGUGACUCAAUCUCUAUUCCAUUAUAUCUCUGGACCAGGACAUGUCAACCCGUCUGAUUUAGCUUGAGAAGUCAGCAAGAUAAUCAAAGAUAGAAGUAGCAAAACAAAGGGUUCAUAUGAUGGCUUACUUGACAGCAGCAUGACCUCAUAUCCAGAGUCUCUGAACUUUUUUUUACAUUUCUUUGAAUAUAAUGGCUGUAAUAGAAGUAUGUGGUGAAUGUACGAUUGAGUGUAAGAAUGUGCUUCUGCAUAGUUUUAAAGACAUGGAGCUUGUUUUAUCUUGCCCAGUUAGUGAUUGUGAUGAGAAAUCUUUACAGAAAUUGGAGAUUCUGUUACAUUUAGUUUCUCUCCCCAAACCAAAUACGUCCAGAUGUCUGAAGCUGUGGGAGAGCAGAAAUAGCUGAAACCCAAUUCCCCGCAGUUCACAGAUUCUGCUAGACAGAAAUGCAUUCUGUUCAUUAUGAGAGUCUAAAGGGGAAAGUUGGAUCCUCAGAAGGCUUUUCAAUUGCUUUCAUGGGACAGGACAAAAAUAUUUGUUGAAAUACUUUUCUCCUGGUACAAAAUGUGAAACCCUCAAAUGAGGCACAAAAUAAAAUUUCACUGCAAGCACCUAAACUUGCUUUAUAUUUGAAUGGUGUACUGUAUAAUAAUUUAUGAAACAUACUAUAAUAGUGAAACAUAGAGAACAGUGAUAUACAGAAGAAGCCAUCCAAUAUUUAUGUAAAUGUCAGACAACAGUAGUCUGUUCGUGAUGGUGCAUACACAUAGACAAAUGACCUUCAGUCAUUGCAGUUUUUUCAUCAGCUGAACAGUCAUGUUUUGGUCUACUGCCAUCUACUGGUAUAAAAAGUGCAAUGAAGAGCAGAGAUUUUGCUGUAGGUGCUAGGUCUCAGCUAUUUUGUUAUGAAUUCUGGGUGUGACUGCAAAGCUCAUCAACAUGAAUUAAAGUCUACCAAAGGUUAUAAGAUA